CUGACACUCACAGUGACAGUAUGUUUAUCCAGUAAUAAUGACAAGGAAACCUGGCAUAAUCCUCUUUGUACUUCAUGUCUAUGGUGAAGUAUUUUCUUGUGAUGCUCUAAAUGUAACUCAGUCUCCAAAGCGUUUAGUGUUACUGGAAGGACAGAGCGCUGUUAUAAACUGUACCUGGGAUCCUGAUCAUACAGCGAAGCAGAUCAGAGUGGAAUGGAGAAUAUCUAACAUAUCAUCAACAGAAGAGGAAAAUAAAACACUUUUAGCAUCUGUUCUAUGGAAAGGAAAUGAUACAUGCAACGUUACACAAAGGAAUCACAAUGGGAGUACUUAUUAUGUAUCUAACGGUAAAGCAGAGCUACGGAUUGACUCCGUCACAGUGAGAGACAAAGGAAUUUACUUCUGUGAGAUCAAUAUUGAAAUUCCAAAACUUCAGCAUGGAAGAGGAAAUGGCACUGAAUUAGGUAUCAAUACAUUAAACAAUACUGACAAUACUGGUAAUUCACAAAAUACAUCUGAUACAUCUAAAUAUGCCUCUUGUGCUGGAAUUGCCCUAAUCCCUGUCAUAAUACUGAUUGGAUAUAUUCUGUUCCAAAGAAGGAAGAAAGAAAGAAUUCAUGCUUUAGAAUUGAGCAAGAGAGAGUCAAUUGAACUAAAUCAGCUGAAUCCAGAUAUGAAUGACGCUGACGAGCAUAGCUCAUCAUCAUCAAACUCUGUCCAAUGGGCUAUUUCAACACUCUAUGAAUCAUGUGACUAUUUCGCAAUGAAAAAUCCCCCGGAUACUUCUGAGACAUGUACCCAGUGAAACCAACUUGUAAACAUCUCCAGGGAAUGCUAAACCCACGGAACAAUGGCAUUGAUACUUAAUACUAAAUUCUGCUCAGAGUUGGGUGCGUGGAUGUGAAUAACAUGUGGAAUUGUUCUGUUCCAUAUACAUAGUUUCUCAUCACAUUUUACUUAUAGAUCCAUUCAUUGCAUGUGGAAGUCCUCAGUGGUGGGGA